CAGCUCCAAGUCCAGCGCUCAGUUCAAAAUGUAUAAGACACCCAUUUUCCUGAAUGAAGUGCUGGUGAAACUUCGCACGGACCCUUCCAGCGAUGAGCCUGUCUUCCACAUCUCCCACAUUGAUCGUGUGUACACCCUCCGAACAGACAGCAUCAAUGAGAGGACUGCCUGGGUCCAGAAGAUCAAGGCGGCCUCAGAGCAGUACAUCGACACUGAGAAGAGGAAACGGGAAAAGGCUUAUCAAGGUCCCCCUUACUUUGUUCUGGUUCCUGAAGCCCGUUCUCAAAAGACUUCAGGUAUUGGGCGUCUGAUGGUACAUGUCAUUGAGGCUACAGAAUUAAAAGCCUGCAAACCAAAUGGGAAAAGUAAUCCAUACUGUGAAAUCAGCAUGGGCUCCCAAAGCUAUACCACCAGGACCCUCCAAGACACACUAAAUCCCAAGUGGAACUUCAACUGCCAGUUCUUUAUCAAGGAUCUUUACCAGGACGUUCUGUGUCUCACUAUGUUUGACAGAGACCAGUUUUCUCCAGAUGACUUCCUGGGUCGUACUGAAGUUCCAGUGGCAAAAAUCCGAACAGAACAGGAAAGCAAAGGCCCCACCACCCGCCGAUUACUACUGCACGAAGUUCCCACUGGAGAAGUCUGGGUCCGCUUUGACCUGCAACUCUUUGAACAAAAAACUCUCCUUUGAGGGCCUGGAGAAGCCAGCACCAGGGGAGCUGCCCACAAGGCUGGGUCUAAAGAGAGAUUUUGCUCUCCUGGGGCAGAGGAGCAUCACAUGGCUUCAUCCAUCAAAAAGCCACACUCGCUGGGCCUGUAUUUUAUUGCACACUAAAUUGCUAGCAAUCUAUGCAAACAUGAUCUUUUAAACAAAUGCCACAGCACAGUGCCUUGUACUCGUGUUAACACGCUCCACUGUGUCAGAUGCCAGGGUUUCCAUUUUCAGGGCUAUAAAAGUAUUAUGUGGAAAUGAGGCAUCAGACCACCAGAUGUUACCACUUGGCAAAUGUGUCCACUGUGGAGUUGGUGAUGCUGGAACCAUUCCACACUAUGUGACCUCUGCUGGGUCACAGCACUCAGGAGGUGAAGGGCUGAGAUGAAAUGCUGCAGCCUUGGGGCUUGUGCGGCCUGAUACUGAAAUAGCAUCCACUUGUGCA